GACGCUCUCCAACCAUUCUGGAUAUUCUUCAUCAUGUCAGACCCACAAUCAGAUGCAGAUAGAAUUCGACAGAGACGACUCGCAAGACUAGGAGGAACCCCUUCGAAUACAUCAACAACCACAGGUUCAAAUGUCAAUACUAGCAGCAUCAACUCGAAUGCGACAUCGACUGGAAGCGUAGGCGGUGUAGGAGGUGGAAGUGAUAGCAGGCCCGCCUCAGCUCUGGAUCGAUUGAACGCAAACGCUUCUCAACCUAGAACCAUCGCUCAAGGCGGUCCUUCAUCCUCGUCCUCUGCGUCUACAUCAAAGCCAUCUACUCCCGUUCAAGCUCGACCGGGUUCGUCAUUGAACGUACCUCCGACAUCCCUCAACUCAGCAGCAUCUUCUUCACUGUCACCGAGUUACUACAAUACGUCCACCUUGAAACCCUCUUCCUCCAGCUCUACACCGAUCUCAACUCCGACCGCUAAACUCAAUCUCAGUGCGAAUGGGAAACCUGGUACGACUUCAAGCGGGGCAAGGAAGCUUCCUUAUGAGGAAUACGAAUCCAACUCGAUCCUCCACAUCCUCAAUGUCUCACCUGAGAUGGUCGUCUCCGAGUUCCCGGAGAACAAGAAUGGCAGGAUAGGGAAAGACGAAUCGGAUACGCUCUUGAUAGCGAAGCUAUCGGUAGAGACGAAAGAAGGAGAAGAAGGCGGGGUGACGAUCUUUGAAUACCUAACGGGGUGUUGGAAGAGGGUACAUAGGGUCAAUCGGGAGGGUUUGCGGAUGGGUUACUCGGAAGACGAGUUGAUCAGGUGGAAAGAGACGAUGGAUAAAUUGAAGGAUUUGAUCAUCAGUUAUUGUGGGUAUACGUUGGAGGAUCCGGGGAUGUUCCCUCAGCCGCCUGGGCGACCUGUAGGACCGGCCGAAUUUCUUCCACUCCUCCUCGCUUCCAACUCUCAAGCCUCAGAUCCGUACUCCACCUCCACCUCCAACCCAUCUUCCACGCUCGCCCCCCUUCCCCCAACGCUUCCAUUAACCCCAGCCGACUUACCAAUGUUCCUCUCGGACCUGAGCAAUAGGUUCAAGGAAGAAGGACUGGAUGGGAUCUUGGAGAGCGUCUGUAGCGAGUUUUUCCAGGGGUUCUUCAAGCGGCAGGUGGAUGGAAAGCCGGUGGACCUGCUCAGCCAGGAAUGGAGGGCAUGGGUUGGGGGAGUGGCGGUGUUGACGAGCGUCAAGGGGAUUGCUGCGAAGUUGCCGAGCUUGAAGGUCUGGUUCGAGGAAUCAGCACAACCGGAGCAGAUCGAGUGGUUCUCGCUGUUAGGCCCGAUCACGCGGUUGAGCGUUUUCCCAAGAGAAUUCCCCACGAUCUACAAGACGUACUUCCUGAACGCCGAAAGCCGGAGCAAAGACGAUAUCAAGGCCAACCAGCUCACCCUAGGUCAUACGCUCGUCAAUCUCCAAGACGACCUCUUCCAAUCGUACAAUGCUAUCGUCCGAGCAUCCCCGGAGAGCAGAGAGAAGUUGUUGUCCUUCUUCGCCGAGGUCGUCAGGAGGAACGUCAAGAGGAGCGGGAUGAGGGUGGAUCAUCGGACCGUGGCCAGCGAUGGGUAUAUGAUGAACAUGCAGGGGAUGUUAUUGAGGCUUUUCGAGCCGGUCAUGGAUGUGACUUAUAGCAAGAUCGACCGGAUCGAUUCAGAUUAUUAUCGACAUAGCAAACGAGUCGAUAUCAAGGAAGAGACCAAGAUGAGGGCCGCACAGGACGAAGCCAACGAGUAUUACUCUGAGGAUAAUAUGCAGACCGAGCCCACUCCCGGCAGCUCGCCAUUCAUCUCGGACAUCUUCUUCCUCUUGCAGACGUACCAACAUCUCGGACUGAACAAGACCCUGGACAAUAGGGACCGAGCGGAAAAGAACGUCAAGGAGUUCAAGAAGGAUCUGAAACGCUUGGAGGCGGAAAAGGCCGGUUGGCAGGCAGGAACCCCUCAAGCCAUGCAGGGUGAAGCCAUGUUGACCAAGCUGAAGAACGACAUCGACGUCCUUAAAGCCUCGGUCUGCGCCUAUGACGCGGCCCUCUUGAACAAGGAGAUCAUACAGAAGAAUAUUGCGUUCUUGAGCUUCAGUAUGACUUGGCUCGUCAGACUAGUCGAUCCGCGACAUGCUCAUCCGGCGCAGACGAUCGAGCUGCCCCUGCCGGACGAAGCGCCUCUUCGAUUCCGUAUGCUACCCGAAUAUCUUCUCGAGAACAUCUCCGAUUACCUGGAAUUCGUCGUGAAGCAUGCCCCUCCUGAAACACUCGACAAGAUUGACAAGGAUGUUAUAAUCACUUUCAUGAUCGUGUUCCUCUCGCCAAACUAUGUGAACAACCCUUUCUUGAAGGCAAAGUUCAUGUCGAUGCUGGCGAUCGGUGUACAGCCAUGGGGAUACUUCCGCAAGGGUAUCUUUUACGACAACCUGGUCGAACAUCCAUUGGCUGUGCAGCAUUUGAUGCCAACUCUGAUCCGCUUCUUCGUCGACGUCGAGAUGACUGGAGGUCACACGCAGUUCUGGGACAAGUUCAAUUUCAGACGAGAUAUCGAUUCCAUCAUCCAGGCCCUUUGGAGCAAUCCCGAGCACCGGAAUGCCUUUGUCAAGACCAGGCACACCGACUUUGAGCUGGUGAUCAAAUUUAUCAACAUGCUGAUGAGCGAUACUACUUUCCACCUGGACGAAUCCCUGACGGGAUUGGCCAAGAUCAAUUCGAUUCGAAGCGAGAUGGAAGAUCGGACGACGUGGGAAGCGAAGCCCGAGGCCGAGAGGAAGGAACUAGAGUCGCAACUCUCGUCGGCCGAGGCGAACACGCCGUUCCACACCAUGAUGGGGAGGUCGCACGUGAAGUUGAUGAAGGAGUUUACUGCAACGACCAAGGAGCCGUUCUUGACAGGGGAAAUCGUCGGACGAUUAGCUGCUACUCUGGACGAGAACAUGGUCGUCAUGGUCGGACCCAAGAUGCAAGAGCUCAAAGUGACCGACCCCGAGAAGUUCGCUUUCAAGCCCAAAGAACUCUUGGCCGAGAUAACCCAGAUCUACAUCAACCUCGGAGACAGCCCAGAAUUCAUCAGGGCCGUGGCAGACGAUGGGAGGUCGUACAGCAAGGCGACGUUUGAGAGGCUGGUCAGGGUUCUGAAGAACAGGGCUAUCAUGCUGGAUAACGAGAUCAAGCAGGUUUUGGCCUUCUUGGGAAAAGUCGAGGAGGCCAAGGCGACGAUCGAGAUCGAGGACGAGAGGGAGAUUCCGGACGAGUUUUUGGACCCGCUUAUGGCUACGCUCAUGAAGAACCCGGUAAUCUUGCCUGUCUCGAGGGUAACGGUCGACCAAUCUACGAUCCGGGCGGUCUUGCUGUCGAACAACAAGGACCCGUUCAACAACGUUCCGCUGAAGUACGAAGAUUGUGUACCGGACGAGGACUUGAAAAAGCGGAUAGACGCUUGGAUCGCCGAAGGGAGCGUCCGACCGAGCAAUCUGGACGAGCCGGUCAGCAUGGACGUUGACGAGGUCGCGAACCGCCCAGAAUAGGGCGGUGGGUGAGGUUCGGGCCGGAUGCUUUGAAAGGUAGAGGUGUCACUGUAUCUUAUGAGACGGCUUUAGGCAUGCUGUUGUGUAUAAAGUGGGAAAUUACGAAGCGCAUACCCCCUUAUACCCUCGACGCAGCUAGUCCCUUAUCAGUUGAAGAGGAAUCACUUCGGGUCGGAAGCAAAUUCUUUCAAAGUUGUUGAGCAUAUCCAUUCUGCGUCGACAGUUGAUUGAUCGUCC